AUGUCCAGACCGCCGCAGCCGCAGCAGCAGCAACAACGGACGUCGUUCAAGCUCACCGACAGUGUGGUGGAGGUCAAGAGCAAAUUCGAGGCAGAAUACCGCCGCUUUGCCCUGAAGAGGAACGGCCCGGUCGGCUUUCAGGAGUUCUACCGUCUCCUCCAAACCAUCCAUCGCAUCCCCGGUGUGGACGUGCUGCUGGGAUACGCCGACGUCCACGGAGACCUCCUUCCCAUCAACAAUGACGACAACUUCCACAAAGCUGUCUCGUCGGCCAAUCCGCUGCUGCGCAUUAUCAUAACCAAGAGAGAAGAUGAACCGGUAGUUUUUGCCACCAACUCCCUGCAGAGGCGUAAGAAGGGGCUGGGCUUGACUGGCCUGCGCACCCCCGGCUCAGGCUCCACCCACUCCAAGAACAGACCGGGCCUUAUGAUAGGCCUGCCGCAGAACUUCCGACAGAUCUCCUCCAUCAUCGACGUGGACAUCUUACCUGAGACACAUCGGCGGGUACGACUGCACAAGCACGGUACCCACAAACCCCUGGGCUUCUACAUCCGGGACGGCGUGAGCAUGCGGGUCACACAGCAGGGCGUCGAGAAGGUCCCGGGGGUGUUCAUAUCCCGUCUGGUGCGGGGGGGUCUGGCCGAGAGCACGGGGCUGCUGGGAGUUAAUGACGAGAUCCUGGAGGUCAACGGCAUCGAUGUGGCAGGGAAGUCUUUGGACCAGGUCACAGACAUGAUGGUGGCCAACAGCCACAACCUCAUCGUGACGGUCAAACCGGCCAACCAGAGGAACAACGUGGUGCAUCGUGGGAGCAAAGCCUCACUGGGCAACUCGGGUUCUGUGGGCUCAGCCGGAUCGACCGGCUCGGCUCUGUCGCAUGACUCGCCAAGCCCCGCCUCUCAGAGCAACCCCAUCACCGCGAGCAACAGCAUUGCCGAGGGCGACAGCGACGACGACGAUGACGACGGCGACCUGAUUCUGGAGAGUGACUGCCUGACGCCCUACGACUCCCUGCGGGUCGCCAACGGCAACAACACCAACCUUAACAGGGACUCCCCGGGGGUCAGGCCCCUCCCACAGAGCGUCUCCUUGCCCAAUAGCGUCGGAGCGUCCCUGAGCGACAGCUCGCUGGGGACGUCCACACACAACGGAAACCCCGCCCGCACGCCCGGCGGCAGUCAGGAGAAUAUGAGAGAGGACGGCAACUUCAUCACUCUGUGACACGGCUGGGACUAUGGGCCGUCACCAUGACAACCGCGGAUGGUUUUCCUUUUAAAGACUCACAGACCGUUCCAGUGGACAGGUGAGGCUCCGUCAGCCCUGGUGCAUUAUGGGGGUUUCAACAACACUGACUCUAUUUGUGGCUGAGGUCAGCUGACAGGCUCCAAACGAGGAUUUAUAUUCGCCAGAGGGAAAUUAUUCAAAUGCCAUAAUGUUUGAACUAGUGAAGUCCAGACCCAAAACCCAGUCCCUUCAGCUGGGACUCUGAGGAUGUAGCGGUCUGGUUUUCGGCUUGGGGUGGAGAUGUGUUUUUGUUUUUUAAAUUUCCUGCGUCUGCAGAUGCCGCGUGGUCCCGCUGAUGUGCAGGUGAAGCUUCAUGAACCGUACAUGAAGUAUCUUCUGAGCCCACUAGGGGGGGCGCUUGGUUAAAAG